AUGGCCUUUCAGUCGGUUGUCCGCGCUUUUCUGCCGCGGCUUCGUGUGAGCCCGGCCAAAUUUUCCCCAAUUCAACUUAGACUGCUUAGCACUUCUCAAGUCACAUGCGCCGGUGGGCCUUCUUUUAAGCACAUCCUCAAUCACAAUAAUCUUUCGGAGGAUACUAAAAAGCAGAUUGAGUCGGAAGUCAGAGACACUCUGAAGGAUUGGCUUCCAUUUGGCUGGAACGAAACUGACAAAUAUGAUGACAUAUACAAGUAUAAAGUUGGAACCUUUAUCAUGUGCGUUCUAAUCACAUUUGGGUUCACGUACCAGAUGUGGUACAGACCCAGAGGCUUGGAACAUGACUGGGCAAGACGUGAGGCCUUUCUUGAAUUGGAGCGUCGCAGACGUCUUGGUCUUCCACUUGUCGACCCCAAUCUCAUCCCACCGGAGCGCGUGAAGCUGCCAUCCAAGGAAGAAAUGGGCCCUGACUACAAGAUCAUAAUUUGA